ACUGUUCCAAGUGUCGAUUUGGCAAGUAUUGAAAGCUCUGUUGCUGCACUUAUCUUGCAUUCGCCAUUGAUGUCGGGUAUGCGUGUUGCAUUUCCGGGCACACAGCGAACCUGGUGCUGCGAUGCCUUUCCAUCUAUCGACAAGGUACCACGUGUUCGCUGCCCAACGCUGGUCAUUCACGGCACCGAUGAUGAGGUGAUCGAUUUUUCGCAUGGUGUCUCCAUCUAUGAGCACUGUCCAUCAUCCGUUGAACCACUUUGGGUAGCAGGCGCUGGCCAUAACGAUGUGGAACUACAUGCUGCGUAUCUCGAUCGGUUGAGGGCAUUCAUCGAAACUGAAGCCUAUCGAGGAAAGGACAGUCAUACUACAGCUGCAGCACAGUCUCCUUCAUGA